AUGUACGCUCGGCCUAAGCUUUCGUUAAGCAUCUCUGCGGCACAGAAUGCCUCUCGUUCGUCGUUCCCUCUGAAAUCGCCUGGCGCUGUUCCCCGAACGCCAAUCUCCCCGGCGAGCCCAGGCGCAAAGCGAUUCUCAACCUUACAGGUGCCGUCCUUCGGUUACAACAACUCCUGCACCUCCAAAAGCAUUCUCAAGAAACAUUCCGCACCAGGUGCCCCCAGUUCUUCGGACAAACGGAUUCAGUUCAAGGGCACUCCGACUGUCCAUUGCGUGACACCGAUUGAGAAUCCAGAAGAGUAUUACGGCACCUACACCAAAUUGUCGCGGGAGGAACGACGCUGGGUUGUGCGGGAUUGA